GGAAGUGAGUCAUGUAGACUGGCUGCAUUGGUUCGUCGAGCGAGUACCAUGUAUGGUGGUCGUCCAGUGUGAAACGCGAUCGUGAACCAUCCGUGAAGUCACCGCUGGAGUGGAUUAUCGAAAAACUGUUAUCAAAAGAACGAAUCGUUGGUGCUUGUGGUGCUGCUGCUUCACCUGGUGUUCCUAACCCGAGUAAUGAUAAGAGGAUCGUCGAUCGAAUACCACAGCAAGUGUCCAUUUCUGCAGUGGUCUUCAGCUCUUCACCGUCCGAAGAAAACCCGUUCAGCACUUAAGUCGACUUAAAUCAGAAUAAUGGCGGAAUAUUUGGAGUACGAUUGGAAGGGUGGGUUGAUAUCUCGAGAAACCUUCGCCACUGAGCUGAUGAGGUGUCACAAGGAGGUGGACAAAGAGACGACGAUUCAGAGUUUGAGGACUUUGGUGCAACAGUCCGCUGAUAUCGAGAUGAAGCGUUCCAUUCAAGUGGACGAUAGGAGUCUGUUGAAGUUUUUAUAUGCAAGGAAGUUUGAUGUCGACCAAGCUUUCAGCCUAAUCCAAAGCUACUUUGGGUAUAGGAAGAAGAAUCCGGAGAUCUUCAAGAACUUCAACACGGACGCUGCUGAUAUAAGAAAGUCCUUGGAGGAUGGUCUUCCCGGAGUGCUCGAUUCCAAAGAUAGGAAAGGCAGGUGCGUUCUGAUACUCAACGCCAACAACUGGGACUGCUCCUACACCCUUCUCAGCGUCUAUCGUGCUCUUUUAUAUACUCUGGAGGUGCUGAUCAACGAAACGCAGUACCAAGCCAAAGGCUUUGUCGUGCUUGUGGAUUGGACCGAAUUUUCGUUUAGGCAGACGACGAAUUUGAAACCGAGCGUUCUGAAGCUGAUGAUAGAAGGUCUACAAGACUGCUUCCCAGCGAAAUUCAAAGGCAUCCACUUCAUCGGACAACCGUGGUACGUGGAGGCGGCGCUCACAGUGAUCAAACCCUUCCUCAAGGACAAAACGAAGGAGAGGAUCUACGUGCACGGAAACAACCUGAGCACGCUGCACGAGUACGUGGCCAGGGACAUCCUCCCAACGGAAAUGGGCGGGGAGCAGGCAGGAUACAACCCGGAAGUGUGGCUCAAGACCAUACUGAGCGCAGAAAAAGUCGAGGUCGUUUAGGAAAAUCACAAAAGAGACAAAACGGAAGAGAUCAUUCUGAAACGGUGGGCAGUUCCUACGCGCAAAAUUUUUAAGCUCGAAAUUCCAAAAAAAAAAAAGUAAUACUUUAAGAUGAAAACAAGAUAUAAAUAUAAUUAAAAAAAAAUAAGAAAAGAGUUGCAGAUCCUGCGACGAUGAUUAAUUCAGAUCCUCGUGGAAAGGAAACACGUCCCGAAAUAAAUUAAUAAACAAUGCAGGCUCUUUCGCAUUCACGAAUAACUCAAAUAUAUAAACAAAGAGUUCAUUGUGUUCAUUGUUUGUUGGAUGUUACUCAUCAUGACAUUACGAACGAGUAGGCAAAUGUCCUGGUGGCCGUGCAAGACGGGUUGCUCGAAAUAAAAAUAUAACAAAUGUAUACAUAUAUUUUUUUUAUACACGUUAGAUCACUUUAUAUCGGUGAUGCAAGUAAUUAAGUUGUUUUUUUUUUAAAUAUUAAUUUGUUCUGUUUCUUAAGACGAUGUGAAACCUCUCGAUAUUAUUUGAUUACUUGUAAAUUUUUAUAUUAAUUUAUUUAUACGCGUUAUCUCUCUGUAAGUCACUCUGUGUACAUUUAGCUGUAAGUCACUUCACUUAGGUUGUACGAGGCGAAAACGAUUUGUAGGUUAAGAUAUGGAUUGUCAAAGCGUUGAAGUGAAAACAAUAAUAUGAGACAAUAAAUUACACUUUUUUUUAAA